AUGGUCAGCGGUAAAAGGGACCUCAAGGGCAAAGCCCCCACGAGGCGCGUGUCUAUCGCUCCGGAAGAGGAUGACAGCUCGCCUCCGUCGCCGUCUCCUGGCCCCAGCACCUUCAGUCGCAAAUCCGCCCAAGGAAGUUCGGCAACCUCGCACGUCUCCUUUGCUUCACAGUCUCGGUCGCAUCCAGAGUGCAACUGCAAUCAUACCGCCACAUCAUCGUCUUCUACUUCGGCGCCUGCCUCGGUACCCGCUUCCGCACCCGCCACCACCACUGCAGCACAGAUCCCCGCAAGCUGCUUCAGCGUCCUCCCGAAUCCAGUUUCUCAACCGUAUGCCAGUUACUGGGGCCUAGCUGGGCAUACUCAAGCGACCUAUGGCGUGCCGUUUGCGGCGACAGUGAACCCGUUCGGAACGGGGUUACAGCAACCUCCGUCUGCCCCUGCGCGUGUUAACCCACCGGACGAGUUGGGACCUCCCCCUCGGCCCCCGCCGCCUCCUGCGAUCCCGCCGGUCAUCAAUCCCUUGGGCGUCCACUUCCAGCCGCAGGUUCCCAGCACUGAGAUGGGUCCUAUGAUCCAUCGCUACGUGCCUCGCCAAGAUCCUGUUGGCGCGGCGCCAGGAAUGCUGUACACCGGCCAACAGAUGGCCGGUUCCAUGGUAAAUGGUGUUGUCACGCCCAUGCAGGGGCUUCCACCGGGCGUUGUUCAAACUACAGCACCGAUCAACCCCGUCAUAGUGCAACAGCCGGGCGUUGCUCAAGUUAUGAUUCAGAAUCAUGCUAUGAGAGGCGGUCCGAAGCUGAUACUCCCAGGCCCAAUUCAGGCCGUACAGGUGAAUGGGAACCCGCCUCAGAUUGCUGGCUUGCAGGCCCAUCCGCCCGUCCAUGUCGAGCCUGCUCUGGGCGUUGGCUUGACUCCCACCGAAACGAUGGCGCAAAACAUUCGAAUAGCACAGAAUAACAAAGGGUACGAGCCUCAGGACUUCAAGCCCGCUGAUCCGGACCCGUACCGUAUGUACUGGUUUCGCGAGCUGAACGGCCAUUGGGCGGUCUUUCCCCGCCGCCAGAUCGAUCGCCUCGACGCACGCUGGUACCGCACAGACGACGGCGUCUUUUAUGCCGUUCGCCUCUCCGAAUAG